UCAGCAUGUAUAAAAUGUUUCAAGAAAAAUCCGAAUUCAAAUCUGAGUCUUUUAAUCGCAAAAAACUUGUGUAUUUUGCAUUACAGUAUUUUGUGCCCUUUCAAUUUUACACACUUAACAUGUUGUAGGACUCAUGAUGAGAUGCGCAUGCUUUACUGCUUGUACACUUUGGACUCUUUGGGCGUGCGAAGCCAAUGAAGUUUGAUAAUCUUCAGACGAAUUACACAUUGAGCUCAGAAGAAGCAUCAGCCUCCACAGUAUGCCACAAAGGCGAGCAUCAAGAAAACAAGUCAAAGAUGAAGAGUAGAGCGAAAAGAUCACUUGUGCUGCUGAUCGUCUGCUUGGCCGCUUUUCUUGCUCUCGGGCAGUGUCAGUGCCAAGCAGGCUGGCGAGAAAACGACCACAAAUGUUACUACUUCUCCGCUGACACAAAGACGUGGUGGGAGGCUAACACCUUCUGUUUAUCACAAAAUAGCAACUUGAUGAGCAUUCAGGACAUCCACGAGAGGUUGUGGGUGAGGACGCAAAUCGGCACGGAGAUCUUCUGGAUCGGCCUGACAGACGGAAUCACCGAGGGCGUGUGGGAGUGGACGGAUGGGAGUCCUUUCAUACAAUACAUAUCGUACUGGGUUCAAGGUCAGCCUGACAACUGGGGUGACGAGCCGGGUGAGGAUUGUGGUCAGGUGGUGGGCGGCAGCUCGGGUCGCUGGAAUGAUGAGCACUGUGACAUCAAGAGGAAAUACAUUUGCAAGCAUGCCAACUCCAAUCCGGGGCCACAGUGUGAUCUGAGCAAUGGGUGGGACCGGUACAGCUCCAACUGCUACAAGGUGAAAUCGGAAACCGCCAAGAGCUGGUCGGCGGCACGUCACGACUGCAUCGUGGAGGGCGGCGACCUCGUCUCCAUCACCUCAGAGCGGGAAGAGCUGUACGUGACCGGGAUGCUGGAUCCUUUCCUGAUCGACCUCUGGAUCGGACUCUCCAAUCUGAAAUGCAAUAAGAUCUCGUGUCAGCUCCAAGAAGGAAGCGUACACAUGAACUGGUCCGACGCCCUGCCGAUAAACUACACCAACUGGGCACCGGGUGAACCCACAAUCAACAGCGAAGUGGGCUCCUGCACGGCGAUCAUCAAAGAUCACUCCGAUGAGUUUGGCAAGUGGAGGUCACACCUAUGCCGUCACGAGCGUCCGUACAUGUGCAAACGGCCAGUGAACACCAUCUGCCCUGCCGGAUGGCACAGUUUUUCCGGAAGCUGCUACUGGCUAGUCAGCAACACCGACCUGCUGACCACCUGGUACGAGGCCUUCGCCACAUGCUCCAAUGAGGGGGCUCACCUGCUCGUCAUCAACAGCCAAGACGAACAAUUCUUCAUUAAUGGGAAACUUCCUGACUUUCACCAAGUGGAUGUUCCCGACAUCUGGAUUGGUUUAUCAGAUAAGGACCAGGAUGGGACAUUCCACUGGGUGGACAAAACCGCCGUUAACUACACAAACUACGGACCCGGUUGGCCCAGAAACACUGCAAACAUCUGGGACUGCGGAAUGAUCUUCACAGGAAAUUAUGAAGGAAAAUGGGAAACCAGCAGCUGCUUCAAGAAGCACGGUUACAUUUGUGAGAUGACGGGAGGUCAAAACCCCAAACCGACUCCAGCGCCGACUUCCCACUGCGACCCCGGCUAUUUGCUGUAUGGUGAUUUUUGCUACCUUUUCGAGGGAGAACUGGUGAAAACGUGGCAGGAUGCAGAGACUUACUGCGUCGCACAACAAGGUCACCUCGUCAGCUUUCACUCGCAGGAAGAGCUCAGCUUCUUGAUUGCCCACAUGCCGGGAAAGGCGUGGGUGGGACUCAAUGAUAUUAAUAUCGAAAGCCAGUUUGUGUACACUGACGGAACAGCUGCAAACCUUCUCCCGUGGGCACCAAACCAGCCGGACAACUGGCAGAACAACGAGGACUGCGUUCACCUGGAAGGCCCGAUGCACGCAGAAGCGGGGAAACUCAAAGACGACUUCUGCACAGCCACCAAUGAAUUCAUCUGCAAAAAAGCCAAGGGCCAGGGGCCUCCUCCCCAGCCGCCAACAUCAGGACCAGGUGGAUCUCACAAACACACAGCGCGUUUAACACCGCUCUCCCUUACACGUACGGUUUGGUUGUCAAGAAGCAUUUUCGUUGCAGGCUGGAAUGAAAAAUGCGGCUCGUGGACGGCGGACCCCUUUAAUGACUUUUGCUACCUGUUCAAUUACCUGUCGGCGAGGACCUGGGCUGAGGCGCGAGCCGACUGCGUCAACCAGGGAGGAGACUUGGUCAGCAUCACCGACCCCUAUGAACAAGCCUUCAUACAAGGUGUGAUUCAGGUGAGCCCAACCGGGAUCUCCCUGUGGAUGGGCGGCCAUGAUUCCAUCACUGAAGGCGGCUGGGAGUGGACAGACGGAUCCCCGUUCAGAUACGUACGCUGGAGUGCAGGUAACCCCGAUAACUACUUUGGCGAAGACUGUCUUUCCAUCAUCAUUAACAACGGCUACUGGAAUGACGAUAACUGUGAGAACAGGAGAGGGUACAUCUGCAAGAGAAGAGGAAGGACACCGGAACCCCCACCCCCUCAUGAUGGCUUCAUGACGGUAAUCGCUUGCCAGGAAACAUCCGUUGUACUUCACUGUCCGCAAGAAAGCGUCAUCAACAUCCAGUCGGCUUUCUACGGACGAAAGAGUGGUGACGUCUGUCCACAUCUGGGAGGGUCAGAUGGGAGCUGCGCGGUGGAAGGCGUCCUCCCGUACUACAGGAAAGUCUGCGACAACCGUCCCUUCUGCUUUGCGUACGCAUACGCCGAGGUGGACCCCUGCCCCUCGGUUUCCAAAUACCUCGAGAUCGUCUACAGCUGCGAACAGAAAGUGUGUCUUCACGGUCUGGGUAUGGAGGACAGGAACAUCACAGACUCCCAACUUUCAGCCUCCUCAUCCAUGAGCAGCUUCACCCCCAACAAAGCCCGCCUGAACGGAAACUCCUGUUGGAAACCAAUCGGAAAUCCCGCCGGCAGCUGGAUCCAGGCAAGUCUUGGCCAGAAAAGAAAGGUGACAGGAAUCGUGAUACAAGGUUGUCCUAACAGUGACCACUGGGUCACGAAGUUUAAGAUGCGGCAUAGUAUCGAUGGACAGUCGUGGACGGACUACACAGCUGACGGGCAGUUUUUGCCCGGAUCAACAGACAGAAACACCGCUGACACUCAGCUCCUCGGCACGCCUGUUUCUGCUCAGUACAUUCGCAUUCUGCCACUGGAGUAUAGCGGUCAAGUCGGCCUUCGCUUUGAGGUCUUGGGAUGCACGCCUGACUAUGCGAUCACCUGCGCCAGCAAGGCUAACUUCGACCUCGGCAAUGAUCAAAUGACCGUCCACUGUCCAGCGGGUUGCGCCAAAUCCAGCUACACCGUCUAUGGAACCGACAUCUAUCGAGCGGAUUCAAACAUCUGUGCAGCCGCUAUCCACGCCGGCGUCGUUCUGAGUGAAAUCGGAGGAGAUUGUACUUUGCUGAAAGCUCAGGGACAGAAUUUUUAUGCUGGCUCAACCAGGAAUGGGAUUACUUCGAGACAAUAUGACGGCGAAUAUCCUCUGUCUUAUACUUUUGCCAAUGGAGAGCUGAGAUGUUCGGGACCCGACUGGUACGAGUUCGGGGAGUUCUGUUACAAACCAUUCGAGGACAAAAAGACAUGGGCCGAUGCUCAGGACACCUGUAGGAGUCUCGGUGCUGAACUCGUGUCCAUCCGCUCCAUGGUGGAGCAGAGCUGGCUGGAAAGUUACCUGUACUUUGCCACCAGUGACAUGUGGACAGGAUUGAAUGACUUAUUAGUUUCCGGCAUGUACGUAUGGUCAGACCACCACAUGGUGACUUUCACCUACUGGGCCCCGGGAGAACCUAACAACCAUCACGGUUUCAAUGACGAUUGUGUGAAGAUGUUACACCAGACUGGCAGAUGGAAUGACGUAUCCUGCACAGAACUCAAUAGGUUCAUGUGUAAAAUGCCCAAGGGGCAUUACCAGCUUCCCUCAGUGAAGCCCACUGUGUACGGCUGCCCGCAGGGCUGGGAGGCUUACGGCUACGGUUGCUACUGGAUGGAAGAGACGGGUCGGAGCUGGUCGGACGCAAAGGCCUUUUGCAAAGAGCAGGAUGCAUUUUUGCUGCACAUUGGAGACAUAUACGAGCAAGCACAUUUUACGGUGGUGCUGUCAGGAAAAACAGGUUUGUGGUGGAUUGGCCUGCGAGCCAAAGGGGGUACCGGCGGAGGGGUGCAGUAUAUCUGGGAGAACGGCUACCCAAUGACCUUCACUCACUGGGACAGAAACCAGCCAGAUAACGGGGAUGGCACAUGCGUGGCCAUGACAACCGGUCAAGUCGGGGGCUUCUGGGAUGACAAGCAGUGCUCAGAGAAAUUUGCCUUUGUCUGUGAGAAACCCCGGCCAGACAUCACCCCGCCCACCGAAGCCCCAAGCCCUCCUCCCGCUCAGGGCUGCGUUGAUAGCUGGACCUCCAAGCCCAAUUUUAGGAAUUGUUACAGGCUCUUCCACAAUGUGGACUGGUCACUGAAGAAGAGCUGGGGGGCUGCGCAUGAAGACUGUGUGGCAAGGGGGGCCAACCUGGUCAGCAUCCACAGUCAGGAGGAGGAGGCCUUCCUGUCCCUUUACAGCAAAGGAAGCAGCAAGUGGAUUGGCCUGAGGAACAACCCCACAGAAGGAGGAUAUUCCUGGAGUGAUGGUUCAGCACUCUCGCACACCCAUUGGGGUCCCGGCGAGCCAAACAACCACGAGGGUCGGGAGGAGUGCGUGGAGAUGGUUAGCAGCACCAACGGCACCUAUUCCUGGUGGAACGAUCUCAACUGCGAUGCCCACCAAGACUGGAUAUGCAUGAUUGCCAAAGGACAGAACCCCAUCCCGCCUCCGGUGCCCCCGUCGCCAGUACCGGCUCCUGAUUGUGGCAGCAACCCCGGCUGGAGGAAGAACAACAACAUGUGCUACUACUACAACGACACGGACAUCGUGGACUUCCACACGGCUAUGCACCGCUGUUGGGUCGAGAAAGCCCGGCUCGUCUCCAUCCUGAACAAGGACGAACAGGCAUAUGUCAACAGCAUGGUGGGAACGGGGCAGAUUUCUGCUGCUUGGAUUGGACUGAGGAUGUUGGGGAUAGCAGAUGGACAAUACGCGUGGCAAGACAAUUCUCCCGUCUCGUACACACAUUGGAGUCCAGGUGAGCCCAACAACGCCAACGGGGAGGAACAGUGUGUUCAGAUGAACAGACAUCAAGGUGGCUGGAACGACGUGAACUGCGGUCGAGCCGCAGCUGGGUACGUGUGCAAGAAGUUUCCCGGAACCGACCACACUCCUCCUCCCCCCACGCAACCCUGGGAGGGCUACUGCCCAGCCGGAUGGAUGCAUUUCAACGAUAAAUGUUUCCUGUUCAAGGGAAAGAAAAACGAUAUUAAGGCCAACUGGACGUACGCACGAAGUUGGUGCAAAGACCAAGGAGGAGAGCUGGCCGUUAUCGACAACCAGUCUGAAAAUGACUUUGUGUCCAGUUACCUGAAAGAUAUGGAGCUUCCCACGUGGAUCGGUUUGUCUGACAUCCUGGUGGAGAAUCAGUACGCCUGGAGCGAUGGCGUGAGCCCAGUCCUCUACACCAACUGGAACGGCAAAGAGCCCAACAACGCGGGGGGGACGGAGCACUGUGUGAGCAUCCCUCACAGCGUACUUGUGAGCGGGAAGUGGAAUGACGAUGCUUGUCAUAAAAAACACAGUUUUGUCUGCUUCAGGAAGAAAUCGAGCAGUAUCGCGCCGCCUCAUCCUACAAGCAGCCCCUGUCCCGCCGGCUACAUAUCCUGGUACCGGAACUGCUACAAGUUGGUGGAGGAGCCGGCGACCUGGGAUGCAGCUCAGAAGGCUUGCGAGCAGCACGGCGCCAACCUGGUUAGCAUCGACAUGAGCUACGACCAGGCCUUUGUCGCCGGGGUGGUCCUGCAGGGAAAAGCUGAUGCCUGGAUCGGACUGAGGCUCAAGGAUGACGGCUCCUUCGCCUGGACAGAUGGCUGGCCAGUAUUCUUCACUCAGUGGGGUCCCGGAGAGCCCGACAACCUAAAAGACGAGGGUUGUGUCAGCAUGCGAGGCUCGCCACUGUUUCACGGCACUUGGAAUGACACCCGGUGUGACCAAGCCAAACCCUACAUCUGCAAGAUCUCCUCCGAGAGACCACCGGUGACUCCCGCCCCCGGCGACGGGAAGUGCUUACCACUCUGGAUUCCGUACGGUCGCUACUGUUACUGGGUCUACAAUGAGCAGAAGGGCUUCUCCUGGCCCGACUCGCGACAUUACUGCCAAGAAGCGAAGACCGAGCUGGCGUCCUUCCACAGUAGGGCGGAGUUGGAGUUUAUCAGGAAUCUCAACCACACCAAAUAUCACAACCUUUGGAUCGGCCUCACCAGGGAUCGCAACUUUGGCUGGGGCUGGACGGACAAGACGCCUGUGGGCUUCCUCAACUGGGCUCCUGGUGAGCCCAAUGCAGCUUUCCACCCGGGCCAAGUGGCCGAGGAGAACUGCGUGGAGAUGUACCCCGACGGACGUUGGAACGACAACGACUGCCUGCAGAAAAGAGGCUUCGUGUGCCGUCACAGACAAUACUACACCACAGACGAUGGCGGAAACCCCGUUUUCCCCACAGAUGGGCCAAAUGUUGACAACAGUGGCGUGAACGUCGGUGUCAUCGCUGCAGUCGUUGUCAUCGUCAUUGUCAGCCUGAUAGCCGGACUCCUCUUCUACGUGUUCAGCGUGCGAGGCUACAAGUUGAGCAGCCUAAGGCAAAGCUUCCCGAAAUGGGCGACCGCGAACGUCGACAUUCCUGCAUUCAUCAACCCCAACUUUGUGGAUGACGUGGACAGAUAACUUUCAUAAUGUGGCAAAUAUUUUUCCACAUUGUGAUGAAAGAGCCAAAACAGAACGCUAAAUGACAGCAGUGAACAAACAACAUCAUCAGCUCACUCACUGAUCAAUUACACUUUUAAGUCAAAGUACCUUUGUUUUGUGAUAUUGUGUGUAAUCGACUGUACAUUAACAAAGCCCCCGAAAAUAAAAUGUAAAUGGCAAAUGGAUUUCCAGUGUUUAUUUUCCUCUGAACACUGAAACAGAAAAACCGACACAUUCCACAAAAUGAGAAAAACAUUCCAAUACAUCCUCAUAAUCAUCAUCUUAAUCGUGAUUACCAGUUGGGCCAGGACGUGUAAAACCAUCGCCAUGUCAAUCGUUAACGUCUGCUACAGUUUGGACGAGGCCAA